AUGACCGAAAUCAAUCAAGCCGCCGUCGAGGCUGUCCAGGACCAGCUCGAGGCUAUCGCCAACGAGACCGAGAAGGUCGAGCUCCAGCUCGCCAACAAGCGCAACGAGCUUAUGCUUCCCAUCUUCGAGAAGCGUCGCAAGGUUAUCGCCGAGAUUCCCAACUUCUGGCCCACUCUCUUCAAGUUGAACGACGGUACCUCCCAGAUGCUCGAGGAGUCCGAUCUUCCUAUCAUCGACCACUUGACCGAUAUCUGGGUCAAGCACGACCCCAAGGAUGCCCGCAACUACGAGAUCGUCUUUACCUUCGGCGAUAACGAAUACUUCACCAACAAGGAGUUGAUCAAGAAGGUCGUCCUCAACGGUGACGAGCAGACUGCUGAGAAGUUCACGAUCAACUGGAAAGAGGGCAAGGAUGUCACCAAGAACUCCAAGCGCAAGAAGGAUGCCGAUGAGUCCGCCGACUCUUUCUUCUCCUGGUUCGCUGAUGACGAUGCCACCUUGGCCGAUUAUAUCGCCAACCAGCUCUUCAGCGAGGCAUUACAUUUGUACAUGAACGGAGGCGAGGACGAUGACUUUGAGCUCGAUUCUGAUGACGAGGGUUCCGUCGACUUGGACGACGACGAGGAUGACGAGGAGGUCGAGGAGCCCUCCAAGAAGAAGGGCAAGAAGUAA